AUCUAUGGACUCCAAACACUUCCUCAUUUUUGCUAAUUCAAGAACACCUUAUGUAUGCUUACAACCCCUUUGUAUCUAUCACCUAGUUUUGUCUAUCUUUAGAAGUUCCACUUCUACAAGUCACUCUGCAUUUUUCUCCACCGCUCCAGCUUCAAACUUAUCCAUUUGGUUUGUUUUGUGCAAACAGAGAAAUACCCAGUUGAUCAAUUUGUGUUCUGAAUUUGAAGUAUAAUGGAGGGGUUUGGAAUUAAGUGGAAGAUUGGGAGAUCAGUAGCAGUGAUUGUGUGGAGCUUUGCUUUAGCUGCAGUGUUUGUUUCAGCAGAAAGGAGCUUGAAGGAAGAGGGGUCUGGUUUGAUCCAUAAUGCAUCUGAUGAAUUUGAGCCAACUUUUCUGUUUAAGGCUGCAAAUUUCUUGUGGCAAUCUAAUCAGUCUGGUUAUCAGCAUGUUUGGCCUGAGUUGGAAUUUAACUGGCAAAUCGUUGUUGCUUCCAUUAUUGGAUUUUGCGGAGCAGCUUUUGGAAGUGUAGGCGGUGUUGGCGGCGGCGGCAUUUUUGUUCCUAUGCUUACCUUAAUUAUUGGAUUUGAUCCUAAAUCGGCAACUGCAAUCUCGAAGUGUAUGAUCAUGGGGGCAGCAGUCUCUACUGUUUACUAUAACCUUAAGCUACGUCACCCGACAAUAAAUAUGCCGAUCAUUGACUAUGAUUUGGCUGUGCUUAUUCAACCGAUGCUGAUGCUUGGUAUUAGUAUCGGAGUUGCUUUCAACGUGCUCUUUGCUGAUUGGAUGGUCACUAUUCUGCUGAUUGUACUCUUUAUUGGCACAUCAACAAAAUCAUUUUUAAAAGGUAUCGAUACUUGGAAAGGAGAAACCAUUUUGAAGCAGAAGGAGGCUGAAAACCAGCUGGCAGAUAAUGGUGACGAAGAGGACUACAAGCUACUUCCUGGUGAAUCUGACAAUGAAGAAGACGGGACACAGAAAACUGUGGAAGAAGAAGUAUCUAUUCUUGAGAAUGUGUGCUGGAAAGAGUUGGGGCUUCUUUGUUUUGUUUGGGUUGCAUUCCUUGCAGUGCAGAUUGCAAAGAAUUAUACAUCCAAUUGUUCAACAGAAUACUGGGUGCUAAAUUUGAUACAGGUUCCGGUUUCUGUUGGGGUCUCUCUGUAUCAAGCAGUUAGCCUGUACACUGGACGACGGAGGAUUGCAUCGAAGGGAGAAUCAGGAACUAAUUUUGGAGUUGGACAGCUCUUUGUUUAUUGCUUAUUCGGUGUAGUGGCUGGUGUAGUUGGAGGGCUACUUGGUCUUGGCGGAGGAUUUAUAAUGGGCCCACUAUUUUUGGAGUUAGGAGUCCCUCCACAGGUCUCAAGUGCAACAGCCACUUUUGCAAUGAUGUUUUCUUCAUCAAUGUCUGUUGUAGAAUACUACCUCAUAAAGCGUUUCCCAGUUCCUUAUGCUCUCUACUUGGUUCUUGUGGCCACUAUUGCUGCUUUUGUCGGACAACAUGUGGUGAGAAGGGUUAUCAAUAUACUUGGAAGGUCCUCUAUAAUCAUCUUCAUUCUGGCCUCUACUAUCUUUAUCAGUGCAAUUUCCUUAGGUGGUGUCGGAAUAGCAAACAUGAUCGGUAAGCUUCAGAGGCAUGAAUACAUGGGUUUCGAGAACCUCUGCAAGUACGAAGCUUGAAGGUGCUGUCAGCGGAGACUGCAUUGCAAUCUAGAGGUAAUUCAAAUCUGUCAAGAUUGUUGCAGUUUCCGACUUGUGGGAUGAAUGUCGACCAUUGUUGCCAUUGGUCCCGCCCUGUGUUACAUUGUGAUGUAACUUUGUAUGAACGAAUGUUGUUCUGUACUCCCGUUCUAAAAUAAAUAAAGUUGAGCCUUUUCCGACA